UUUUGGAGAUCCUUGGACAAAAGAUCUGGCAAGAUCUUGCUUUGCGGGUUUGUGGAUUUUGGUGGGUCUAAUCUCAAAACAAAGCUCAUCUUCUCCUCUUUUCUCUCAUCAUACAAAAAAACAAAUAAGGCCACCAUUGAAAAAGAGAACCCAACUUUUGUUCAGCUUCUUUCUUCACAAUUUCUUCUUUCACCAUACUCUUAUUGACAAUGGGCAUGGCAGGUGAAGAAGACACAAAGUUUCAUGUUUUAGUUGUCGAUGACAAUUUGAUUGACAGAAAGCUCGUUGAAAGGCUUCUUAAAACAUCAUCUUUUCUAGUUACUACAGUUGAUUCUGGUAGCAAAGCUUUAGAAUUUCUUGGUUGGGAAGAAGAUGACAGAAACAACUCAAAUGAAACUUCUGUUUCUCCCAAAAAUAAUCAGGAAGUGGAAGUAAAUCUUGUUAUUACAGACUAUUGUAUGCCAGAAAUGACAGGCUAUGAUUUGCUCAAGAAAAUGAAGGAAUCUUCAACCUUGAGAAACAUACCAGUUGUUAUUAUGUCCUCCGAGGAUGUUCCCUCAAGGAUCAAUAAAUGCUUAGAGGAAGGAGCAGAAGAAUUUUUGCUAAAGCCAGUGAAGAAAUCAGAUGUAAACAAGCUUAAGCAGCUCAUGAUUAGAAGCAAAUGCAAUGAUUUUGAAAACCCUGAGAAACAGGAAGAAAAACAAGAAGAAUCAGCAUCAGCAUCAGCAACAGCAACAGCAGAAGAAGCAUCUGAAAAUAAUCAAUUACAGACAGCACAAUCCAAUAACAAGUGGAAAGCCAUUGAUGAAAGCCUUUCUGUAGACAGAACAAGGCCCCAACUUAGUGGCCUUACUGUGUUGUCCAGUUAAUCAUUGUAAUUUAUUAAUAUUCUUUUCUAUUUUCAAUUUAAAUGUUUCUUCAACUUUCUAGUUCA